AUUGAUGUUAAUUCAGCGCGCGAGAACAUGGGCGCAUUGAACCCCUACAACAUUUAUGCGCCUUGUGAACGGGGCGCCUCGGAUCCUGAAAUAGCAUACAUACACAACGCCCAGAACCUGUACAUGCGGAACUUCAGCCACUUCAGCGAGGCACUGGAACCAGAACACCUCCGUGCGCCGAUCUGUACCAACGACCGAUCUGCAACUGAAUACCUCAACAGGAAAGACGUGAAAGCGGCCCUUCAUGUUGAAGAGUCGCCCCUCAAAUGGGCCCUCUGCAGCAGGGUCGUCCACUCCCACUACGCAAAGCAGUACGAUACCAUGAAGGGAUGGGUAAAGAGGCUCGUGGAUGCAGGUCGCUUGAGGGCGCUCAUCUACAAUGGGGAUUUCGACGCGGUCUGCGACUACCUUGCUGACGAGUGGUUUGUUGACUCGCUGGGAUAUGAGGCUACGUCCGGUUAUGACCCGUGGUUCGUAGACGGACAAGUCGCCGGGUACUACAGAACCCACAAGGGAAACUUGACUUUUUUGACGGUUAAAGGUGCCGGCCACAUGGUACCAGAGGACAAGCCGCAAGAAGCCCUGCAGAUGAUCACACGCUUCCUGAAGAAUGAGCCAUAUUGACCAUAUACUAAAGCCCUGGUAUUCGGAAACUCUCCACAGAAGAAAACGGAUUGGAGCGAUCCGUUAUUUCAAUAUUCAGCCGAAUUUACUUCAGCCUGUCCAGCACGGGCACCGUCCACCCUUACCUGCGACCGUGUUCUCAGAGCGGUCCGUGCAGCUGUCAUAUGAUGCCCCCACAAUCUUGCCCCGAAUCAUUUUAACGAAUCGAAGGCGUUUUCAUCAGGACAGAGGCCCCGUACGUUUAUCGCAAUCCUAAGACAGCCUCGAUGAACUGAACUUGCAACGCACCUGUCUCAAAUCUCGGGCUGCUUCACAAGCGUCCGGUUGUGUUGCCCUCGGUAAUCUUCGCUCUCUUUCUUUCUUUGUUGGUGAAAGGCGAGGUCAGCUAAGCCGAGCUAGCUUGCCUCUCCUGUGUCUAAUCCACUAUCACUGCGCCUACGUACGGCAUGUCAGCCUCCUCUCAGUUCCCUUUUCAUAACUUUGUUUUGCAGAGUACGCUACCGGCAUUGACGAAUGAAAAACAAUCAGAAUAAAAAUAUUUGUGAUCAGAA